GCCUCGAUGGAGGUAGCGGAGCCCCCCGCGUCCCUGGGGAGGGCGAGCCCGGAGGCUCCCGGGUGGCAAUGGCCGGGUCCCAAGCCUGCGGGGGCGAAGGGAAGGUUCCGGGGGGCGGGACCCUAGCACUCCUCUGCGGACUGACCCGGUACCCGGAAAGGUUACAGCCGCUCAAGCGCCCGCGCGCCCCGGCCAGGGCCGCCGCUCCGGUGGGGGCUCCCCUUGGUGUGCCGGUUCCGAAAGCCAGCGGGACCGCGGGGUUCCUUCGCCAGGACCGGGGGAGAAGCAGCCAUCGCGAGAAAGCCCGCCCCCUCCUCGCAUUUGCUGGCAUUCCUAGACCGGAAAAUCGCUGCCGUCUCUCUGCUGGGAACCGUGUCUACUCGCCACUGACCCCAUCCCACCCUCUUUAGUCAGCUGUGACUAAGAGGUGCACAGUAUACUAAUUCAGCUAUUCUGUACAUUACUCAGUGCUCAUCCAGGAACAUCAUCUAUGUCUCCUGCUCUUAAAAGAGUGGCCUUAUGAAGAAGAGGUCCUCUAGUGUCCUGCAAUGCAAUAUCCCCUGUUCACCAGAACCUGGUACUUCAGAGGGCCGGGAAAACUAUCAUCUCUGACAACUUAAAUUCUCAUUUCCUUGUAUUCAUCACAUGUGUGCUCCAGUAUUAUUUCAAGGAUUACAGCCUGAAGAAGAACUACAGCUGUGGAGUGAGAUAGAUGACGCUUGUUCGGCCUUGCUGUCCCUUGAUUCUCAGCCUCAGGCAUCCAAUGCAUUGGAGGAGCUUUGCAUUACAAUUAUGGGGACUCUGCCAAAACCCCAGGAAACAGAUGAAAAAGAUAAUACCAAAAGGUUCUUAUUUCAUUAUUCGAAGACACGGAAAUUGGGCAAUUCAAAUGUUGUGUCGUCUGUCGUGCAUCCGUUACUGCAGCUUGUUCCUCAACUGCAUGAGAGAAGAAUGAAGAGAUUCAGACUGGACGAAGAAUUCCAAGGUCCUAUCCAAAUUCGAAGACAGUUUUUGUUCAGGCCACGCAAUGGAAGAAGUUCAGAAGGUUACAUUUAAAAUGGAUAACCAACUGUUUUCCACAGAAGUGGCACCAGGAAAUGCAAAAUGUUAACAUUUUUUUUUUCUUCUCAGAAACAAUCCUUGUUAAACUUAUCAUGUUUGAGAAUCCCUGUGUUGUAAACAUUCUCAAUAAAAGUUGGUUGAGAUUAUGUUUAA